ACUCCCAUCAGAUAGAAACAUUCUUGAAGCACAGCAUUCAUCAGUUCUUUCAAUGGCUGCCUCUUCAAAUCUGAAUAGUAAUUACCAUGUGUUCCUAAGUUUCAGAGGCAUGGACGUUCGCAAGAACUUCCUCAGUCAUCUCUAUGCAGCUCUAAACCAGAAAGGAAUACAUACUUUUCAGGAUAGUGAGGAGCUGAGGAAAGGAGAUCAAAUAUCACAGGCGCUCAUGAGGGCGGUCGAGGAAUCGCACGUCGCAAUCAUCAUUUUUUCUAAAGGCUAUGCUUCCUCACUGUGGUGUUUGGAAGAGCUCGUGAAAAUCAUGGAGUGCAAGGAGGGAAAGGGCCUGAUUGUGUUCCCGAUGUUUUACAAAGUGGAACCAAGAGAAGUGAGAGGGGUGAGAGAGAGUUAUGGGAGAGCUAUGGCUAAGCAUGAGUACAAGCUCGGGAAGGAUUCGGAGAAAGUGAAGAGAUGGAAGAAGGCCCUCUUUGAUGCCGGUAGCUUGUCUGGGUGGGACCUGAAUGAUAGAGAUGAAGCGGAGCUCAUACAACUCAUCGUCAAGGAAUUAUCAAUUCAUCUCGACCAAACACCCUUACAUGUCGCUAAGUAUCCAGUUGGAAUAGAUUCCCGAGUUCAAGAACUGAUAUGGUCGUCACAGCAUGAGUCGGCUGAUAAUGAUGUUUUGAUGAUAGGUCUAUGGGGACCUGGAGGCAUAGGGAAGACAACAACUGCUAAGGCCCUAUAUAAUGCUAUUGAGAGACAAUUUCAUGGUUCUAGUUUUUUGGCGCAAGUUAGAGAAACUUCGAACCAAAGCAAUGGUCUAGUUGCUUUGCAAGAAAAACUUCUAUCUGAGAUCUUAUCUCCUACAGAUUUAACAGUCUAUAGUGUGGACAGAGGAAUUAGUUUGAUACGGGAAAGACUAUGUUGCAAGAAGGUUCUCCUAGUUCUUGAUGAUGUUGAUCGGUUGGAUCAACUUAAUGCGUUAGCCGGAGAAGGCGAUUGGUUUGGCAAAGGAAGUAAAAUCAUUGUUACAUCAAGAGAUAAACAUUUGCUAACUUCUCAUGGUAUAAAUUGUGUGUAUGAAGUUGAAGCUUUAGAAGACGAUGAAGCACUAGACCUUUUUGGUCGGCAUGCCUUCCCAAAUAGAAAGAAGGUGGAAAUACGAAGGGAUCUCAUAGAUAGAGCACUGCAUUAUGCUGACGGCCUUCCAUUAGCCCUAGAAGUGUUGGGCUCAUUCUUACGUGGAAGAAAGGAACCUGCAUGGGAAAGUACGUUGCAUAAACUCUUCAAAAUUCCUGAACCAACUAUCAAUCGAGUUCUCAAGAUAAGCUUUGAUGGAUUGGAGGACAAUGAGAGGGAGAUUUUCCUCGAUAUAGCUUGUUUCUUUAAGGGGAAAAGUAUAGGAUACAUUAAGGAAGUUCUUAACAGCUGUGAUGUCCACACAACCAUAGGAAUAGAAAUUCUCAUUGAGAGGUCCUUGAUAAAAAAUGAGAAUGGGACCCUGCAAAUGCAUGACUUGAUCCAGUUGAUGGGUAAGGAUAUUGUUAAUCAAGAAUGUCCCUAUGAUCCUGGGAAGCGCAGUAGAUUAUGGCUUUUCGAAAGUGUCCAAGACAUUCUACGUGAAAAUACGGGAACGAAUGCAGUAAAGGCCAUAGUAUUGGACUUGCCCGCACCAGAAGAGAUAACCAUUAGUCCUCAAGCUUUCACAAACAUGAAAAUGUUGAGAAUGCUCAUUUUGCAUGAAGUGCAUUUCUUCUCACAAGGUCCUAUUCGUCUCCCUAACGAGCUAAGAUGUCUUGAAUGGGCCAAUGCCUCGGAACUAGAAUUUGGCUCUGGUCCGAAGAAACUCGUUAGACUCGAUUUACAGAAAAGUCAUAUCAAACAAUUAGGGGGCAAAUUUGAGAAUUUUAGAAAGUUGAAGUCCAUCAAUUUUUGGGAGUGCAAGUCCCUGGCUAGUGUUCCUGACCUUUCAAUGGUUCCAAAUCUGGAGAGCUUGGAUCUUAAUUUGUGCAAAAGCUUGGUGGAGGUUCACCAAUCCGUCGGAUAUCUUGACAAGUUAAAAUCUUUGCGGGUACAAUCAUGCUUUAAUCUUAGUAUAUUUCCUAGAAUACUCAAGAUAAAAUCUCUUCAAACCCUUAGUCUCAAAGGUUGUCCUAAACUUGAGAAGUUCCCUGAUAUUCCGGAAAAGAUGGAACAUCUAGGAGACCUUGAUCUAAAACAUAUGGCUAUUAAAGAACUCCCUACAUCAAUUGAAAAUCUUGUCUCAGCGAGGACAAUAGAAUUAUCACAUUGCAAAAACCUCACAACACUUCCAUCAAGCAUUUAUAAAUUGAAAAAUCUCAAGUCUCUUAUACUUGAUCAUUGCUUGAAUAUUGUCACGUUUCCAAAGAACCUCAAGGAUUCAACUGAUCCUGAUGGCAAUCUGGGAUUCCAAAAUCUAGAGGAGUUGAGAGUUAAUGGUUGCAAUCUAUCAGAAGUUGACUUCCUUGAGAGUUCUUCCAGUUUUCCCAAAUUGGCGUACCUAUAUCUUCCAAAUAACAAGUUUACUCAUUUGCCGACAUGCAUCAACAAGUAUGAUUAUUGGAAAGACUUGUUUAUUUAUAAAUGCAAGCAAAGCAAAGGGGUCAGUCUUGCUGAUGGGUCAUCACUUGAGGUCAGACUCUCUCUCUCUCUCUCUCUCUCUCUCUCAAACUAUGGAUGCUUUAUAUGUGUACAAUAUGCAUGACAGAAACUCU